UUCUUCGGUGUAAUACUCGUCUCGUCAGUAGUCCAAACACAAAUGGAGUUAGCAGUUGUGCUCGUGGCAGCGUCAGUGGUAGCUACGAAUACUACGCAGUAUUUACUCUUUGCAAAUAACAUCGAACAUUUGACCGACAUAAUAUAUUAGUCUUGAAAGUGCACUUUGGCCGUGAAUAGUUUGGAAAAAAACUACUACGAUGACAUCUAACGACGAGAUAACUUACAUCGUACCCAGUCUGUUGAAAUCGGCUUACCGCGCAUGCAACAAGAUCCAGCGGGACAAGUUUGACGAGCUGGACGUUCUAGACGUUGACUUGCAGGUUUGUUGUGAGUCACUUUUCCAAAUCCUAAAAUUGAACAUGGAAAAUGACUGUCUUGAUUCAUUCGGCGAUAGGCUGUCCAUGUUCCGCAAGGUACAGCACUUCAGCAAUGACAAGUUCAUCAAAAACAUCUGCGAGGAGGCAGCGUUUCACGGACACAUUGACUGUAUGAUGUUCGCUCGUGAAAUUGGCGUUCCUUGGUACAAUUCGGAGUAUUACGGUGAAUCAGCGUGCUCGCAGGCUUCGGGAUCCGGCCACCUCGAUUGCCUGAUUUAUGCACAUGAUAAUGGUAGUGAUUGGGACUGGUCAACGUGCAAGGCAGCCGCCACUGGUGGACAUCUGGUCUGUCUGAGAUAUGCACACGAAAAUGGUUGCUCAUGGGACAAAGAAACGUGUUCUAGUGCUUCAGAAAAUGGACACAUGGACUGUCUGAGAUAUGCACACGAAAAUGGUUGCUCGUGGAACGAAGAAACGUGUUCUAGUGCUUCUAAAAGUGGACACAUGAAUUGUCUUACGUAUGCUCACCGAAAUGGAUGCCCGUGGGAUGAAUAUACAUGUUCUGAUGCUGCAAGAAAUGGACAAAUGGAUUGUCUUAAAUAUGCGCACGAAAAUGGAUGCCCGUGGCAUGAAGAAACGUGUAAAUAUGCAGCAUUAAACGGACAUUUGGACUGUCUGACAUAUGCACACGAAAAUGGAUGCCCGUGGGACGAAUUUACGUGUGCUGAUGCUGCGCUAAAUGGACACAUGGAUUGUCUUAUGUAUGCUCAUGAAAAUGGAUGCCCAUGGGACAGUUAUACGUUUUGUUGGGCUGCCCAAAAUGGACACAUGGAUUGUUUUAUCUAUGCUCAUGAGAAUAGAUGCCCGUGGUCCAUAGGUACGAGUUCUUGGGUUGUUAAAAGCGGCAAUCUCGACUUUCUUCGAUAUGCGCAUGAAAAUGGAUGCCCGAUGGACGAAAAUUUGUGUUCCAUUGCUGUGCGGAGUGGAAAACUUGACUGCCUUCGAUAUGUGCAUGAAAAUGGAUGCACAUGGGACGAUUAUUUGUGUUUUUCGAGGGCAGAACGUGGACAUAUUGACUGUCUUCGAUAUGCGCAUAAAAAUGGAAUCCCGUGGAAUGAAAAUACGUGUUAUUAUGCAGCGUUAUAUGGACAUUUAGACUGUCUUAGAUAUUUACAUGAAAAUGGAUGUCCGUGGGACGAAGAAACGUGUAAUGCUGCUGCGUAUCAUGGACACAUAGAUUGUCUUAUGUAUGCUCAUAAAAAUGGAUGCCCAUGGAACGAAGAAACUUGUUCUAAAACUGUGAAAUAUGAAAACAUGGAUUGUCUUAGAUAUGCUCAUGAAAAUGGAUGUCCUUGGGACGAAAAAACUUGUUAUAAAGCUGCCAAAUAUGGACACAUAGAUAUUCUUAGAUACGCGCAUGAAAAUGGAUGCCCGUGGGACGAAAAUACGCGUAACACAUGGGGUAGAUAUCUGGAAUGAUUAUUAAAUGCACAUAAAAAUGGAUACCCGUGGACCAGAUAUGUGGUGGUGUUGAAAAAAAAACUUAAAAAUUUAGAAGGAUAAAAUGGAUUUUUAAAAACAUUCAAACUUUUAAAAUAUUCAGUGUCCUACGUAAAAUGGAGUCACCCGGUAUACAUUUUAUUUUAAAAUAUAUUGAUUGUAUCUUAUAAUAUGUGAAUUGACAAUAAGCGUCAGGUCCUCAGGUGCACAAUUUAGUGAUGCUCACUCUACGGUAGAGCUAUAGAUGAUAUAAGAAAUAUUAUUUCAUCCAAAAGUAUUUAUUUAAUAUUUUUAUUUUUAAUAGUGAUAAUUUAUAAGUAAAUUAGAAUAAGCUAUUAAUGGUACAUGAUAUAAAUGUUUUGCAUUGAAAAAAAUGUUAAUAAUUAUAUUGUGAAUUGUAAGGUUAUGUGCUGUAUUUUACAUUAGUGGACUGUAUAAUACCUACGGGAAAAAUUAUCGACAUAUUAAGUUAAUUAUUCAAACUGGAAUAUAAAAUUAAAAUGUUUAUCGUUGUGUUAAAUGA